AAGUGGGACCGCCAUCUCGUCCCCAUCUCCCAAAGUCCCAAGCGCGUCAGGAUUCGUGCUCCCGUACCGGCCCCGACGAAUCGGCGGCGACGCGGAGGCCGUCACUUCUCCUUCCACGGCGGCGACCGGCCGGAGAUGGGGGACCAGGAGGCGGAGGAGGCGGCGGCCGGGUUCGCGCGCGCGCGCCACGCGGCGUUCCUGGAGAUGAUGUCGUCCGAGCUCCCCGACGGCUACGCCACGCAGGAGGUCAACCACCUCACCCUCGCCUACUUCGCCGUCGCCGGCCUCUCCCUCCUCCGGGAGCUCCACCGGGUUAACAAGGAUCAAAUUGCCAAAUGGGUUUUGUCGUUUCAAGUACACCCUGAGGCAAACGACGACUUACAUAAUGGGCAAUUUUUUGGAUUCUGUGGCUCUAGAACAACUAAAUUUCCCUCAAAUUUGGUGAAGGACCCUUGCCAUAAUGGUAGCCAUCUAGCAAGCACUUAUUCUGCUCUUGCUAUAUUGAAGAUUGUAGGUUAUGAUGUACUAAACCUUGAUAGCAAGGUUCUUCUAGCGUCGAUGAAAAAACUCCAGCAAUCAGAUGGAAGCUUCAUGCCUACUCAUAUUGGUGCGGAAACAGACCUACGCUUUGUAUACUGUGCAGCUGCGAUCUGCUCAAUGCUGAAAGACUGGUCAGGAAUGGACAAGGAAAAGGCCAAGGAAUACAUCCUUAAUUGUCAGUCAUAUGACGGUGGCUUUGGCAUGGUUCCCGGUUCAGAAUCUCAUGGUGGGGGAACUUUCUGUGCUGUUGCGGCCCUAUAUCUAAUGGGUUUCAUUCAAGUCGAUUUGGCAUCGAACUUACGAGAGUCUGCGCCGAUCGACGUACAAUUGCUAUUGGAGUGGUGUCUUCAGAGGCAAGCAGCAGACGGGGGGUUUCAGGGCAGAAGAAACAAGCCAAGCGAUACAUGCUAUGCUUUCUGGAUCGGAGGCGUGUUGAAGAUGAUUGGCGCCUACCACUUGAUCGACCACGCCGCUCUGCGGGAGUUUCUGCUCACCUGCCAGACACGUUACGGAGGCUUCUCGAAGUUCCCCGACGACGGGCUCCCGGACAUCUACCAUUCGUACUACGGGCUCGCUGCCCUCUCGUUGCUGGGUGAGGAGAAGGAGGUCGAGCCGCUCUGCGCCGAGCUGGGGAUCAUCGCCGCUGCGCUGUAGCUAGCCGAGGCACCGAUCCGAUCUUCCCCGUUGUACCCUCCUUGUAACUCACAGUUUCUCUGCGACCAACGGAUGCUGUAAGACCGAUCCACCAUUACAGCGUGCGGCUGAAAACAUGGAAGCGAUUUUUUUGCA